UGGCUAAAUAUAGCUCUCCCUUCUGAGUAUACCUGGCCACCUAUUGUCGGUCCCUUUGUCUGCUUGUAGUGAGUCGUUCAUUUGGGACGAAUCACCUUACACUUUAUGACGUACGCCGUAGCUCCGCCUACCUGUAGACAAAGCUAUGACCAUAUUUGGAAUGGCCAGUACCAUGACGCACCCACCUGAGGCAGCCGACCUGUGAGAGUACAAAAGGGGGCGGCGUUCCUGGCUUGCCUCAGAGUUUACCUGCACAGCGAAGACAGAAGUUGCUUCAAAUCGUCAAGACCUUUAUCGUCUACUGAGAGGACCAUUAAGAUGAACGCCUACAUGUAUCUGGCCGUGCUGUUCUCGGCCGCCUUCGGCUGCGCGAUGGCCGACAUGAGCAUGAAACAGGGAAUGAACUACCUGAUGAAUUACGGGUACAUGAACCCACCGUCCAUGCAGACCGGCCAGCUCCAGAGCGCGGACGAGAUGAGGGAAGCCAUUUCCAUGUUCCAGGAAUUCGCCAACAUUACAGUGACGGGUGUGAUGGACGCUGAGACCACGAGGAUGAUGGAGAUGCCCCGCUGCGGUGUGCCUGACAUGAUGGGCACGAACUCGCGCGGGAUGGCCCGCCGCCGCCGCCGGUACGCGCUGCAGGGCAGCUCCUGGCCCAAGAGGGACCUGACCUGGAGUCUGGCUGAUGACGACUACACACGUGACCUGCCACGCAACGACGUGGACGAGGCCAUCACGCAGGCCUUUCAGCUGUGGCAAGACCAGACCCCCCUGACGUUCACCAGAGUGGACCCGUCCAACCGAGCUGACAUCGUGGUCAGGUUCACUCCCAUCGAUCACGGGGACGGCGCGCCCUUCGACGGACCCGGCGGCACCCUGGCCCACGCGUUCUUCCCGCAGUUCGGAGGAGACGCCCACUUCGACGAGUCGGAACAGUGGACAGUCAGAACCUCUUCAGGAAUUAACCUGUUGCAAGUGGCAGCUCACGAGUUCGGCCACUCCCUGGGUCUGUCCCACUCCGAAAUAUCGGACGCCCUCAUGGCGCCCUUCUACGGAGGCUUCGAGCCUAACCUGGUGCUCCACUCCGACGACAUCGCAGGGAUACAGAUGCUGUAUGGUAUGCCGGAUAUGGAGCGCCCCACCCCACGGCCCGACGCCGGCAUGACACCCAACCCCAACCCCAACCCUGACGUUCCCGACACCUGCAGCGGAGAGCUGGACGCCAUCACCAUCUCAGCAGACGGCAAAACUUACGCCUUCAAAGGGAACUACUUCUGGGAGCUGACUUCCGCCGGUAUGGCUGACGGAUAUCCCAAGCUAAUCUCUGAAGUGUGGGGCGAUCUUCCCGGAGACCUGGAUGCCGCUGUGUACUACAGACGCAACCAGAAAAUCUACUUCUACAAGGGUGACCAGUACUGGCGUUACACCAACACCCAGCAGGACCAGGGCUACCCCCGCCCCAUCAGCCAGUGGGGAGGAGUCCCCGAAGACGUCGACACCGCCUUCAUCUGGUCUGGGAACGGCAGGCUCUACUUCACCAAAGACGACCAGUACUACCGUUACCGAGCCGGGGUGGGUGUGGACAGGGGCUACCCACGUGACCUGUCGGUGUGGAACGGUGUUCCCGAGGACGGAGUGGACGCAGUUCUGCAGUGGAUGAACGGCAGGACAUACUUCUUCAAGGGCAGCCAGUAUUGGCGCUUUAACGACACGUCCUUCAGCGUGGACCCCGGCUACCCGAAGUCCACCGCGCAGUACUGGUUCGGCUGUAUGAUGCAGGUAGAGGAGACCACGCCCAAACUGCCGCCAUGUCAGGUGGUAGGCAUCAACGGCGGGGUCAGCCUGGUCCCUAGCGUAGUCUUGCCUUCGUUUCUCUCAGUGUUAGUUGCAAAACUGUUGCUCUUUUAAGCGCAAUUGUCAUAGGGCCGGAGAAAGUGUUGCUUUAAGAAUAUGAUGUUCAGAAAUUCAGACAUUGCUGUACAUGUAUGCGCACAAGUUCUAGAUGAAAAGAUUGCACAUUAACAAGUUUUUUUAUAGACAGCGUCUUCCAUUCUCUAAAGUUUAAUAGUCAACUCCUGCAAAAUUUAGUUUAGCUCCCUGUGGAAUAUCGUUUUUAGUGAUAGAGAGGGAAAGUAUAAUGUACUCAAGAAUCGUGGCCAUUAAGGUGGUGUAAGUUUUCAUAAUUUUUGUUUCGACCGAUUACUAUUUGGAAGAUUUGAAUGUUUUAGGGGUAGACUAAAUACUGUUGUUAGAGUAGAUGUGGACACUACGCUGGUCGUCACCAUGUCCUCAUGUGUAACAUGUAAGGUUAUUUGUAGUCGUCUUUUUAUCUUCCGCUGUAAUUUUCACUAUGCAAAACCGAAACGUAAGGUUUGUUUCUCCAUCAUGUGCGGGACGCAUGGUUUUACUUUCUACAACCAUGACUAACUGUUGCAAAGUGUAUCAUAGUUUUUUUUUACUCUUGUAAAUAAAACGUUUGUUCAAACAACUUGGGUGGC